CGUAUCCACCAGUAUCCACUGCGUGGGCAGUGUCAGGCAGUGUCAGGCAUCAGGCAGUGUUGUGGGAGCAUCUGGGAGUGUUGCGUUGUUACUUUUCGAGAAGCAACAGCAAGCAGCAGCAAUUGUCUUUUCGUCUUAAUCUCUAUCAGCGCGAAUUUUCGUUUGAAUUUAAUACGCGUUUCGACAAUGAUUCGUAUCGCUAAGGUUUUCUCAUCAACUGCCAAAAAUCUCAACAAGGCCGUCGAGACUCCCUUAGGGCCCUGUGUCACAAGAUGUCUGGCCACCCAAGCAGCAGUGAAAGCCAAGGAGGAGAAGCCGCGAGAGAAUGCCGCUGUGAAAGAAUCUGAAUCCUUUACCAUGAAUCUCUUUCGUGGUCAUUUGCAGCUGAAUCAAGUGUGUCCAUACCCGGAGCCUAUGAAUGAGGAGCAAACUGACACGAUAAAAAUGCUUAUUGAUCCCUUAGAAAAAUUCUACGAGGAAGUAAACGAUGCAGCUAAAAACGAUCAGAACGCAUGCGUGGAUGAAAAAACGUUAAAGGCUCUCUGGGACUUUGGUGGGUUCUCUUUGCAAGUACCCACGGAAUACGGCGGAUUGGGAUUGACGAACACUCAAUACAGUCGCGUCGUCGAAAUAUGCGGUUAUAACGAUUUGGGCGUUGGUAUCACUUUGGGCGCGCAUCAGAGUAUAGGAUUUAAGGGUAUACUUUUGUUCGGCACUCCGGAACAGAAGGCCAAGUACCUGCCCCAAGUUUGCAGCGGCACAUACGCCGCUUUCUGCUUGACGGAACCGAGUUCCGGCUCCGACGCCAGUUCGAUACGUUCGCGCGCCGUUAAAUCUGCAGACGGAUCGCAUUACAUUCUCAACGGCAGUAAGAUCUGGAUAUCGAACGGCGGCAUCGCUAAUAUCAUGACCGUGUUCGCACAGGUGCCUAUGAAGGAUCCGAAAACGGGUGAAACAAAGGACAAGAUAACCGCUUUUAUAGUAGAGAGAGGAUUCGGCGGUGUCACCAAUGGACCGCCUGAGAAAAAGAUGGGCAUCAAGUGCAGCAAUACAGCUGCACUUUUCUUCGAAGACGUUAAAAUCCCAGCGGAGAAUGUUCUUGGCAAGGAGGGUGAAGGUUUCAAGGUUGCAAUGAACAUUUUAAACAAUGGUAGAUUUGGUAUGGCUGCAGCUCUUACUGGUACUAUGCGUUAUUGUAUUAAUAAAGCCGUGAAUCACGCAACGCAACGCGUACAGUUCGGUCGCACAUUGGAUAAUUAUGGCACGAUACAAGAAAAAUUGGGGCGCAUGUCUAUAUUGCAAUAUGUCACAGAGUCCCUCGCAUAUAUGAUUUCCGGUAACAUGGACAAAGGAAGCCAAGACUAUCAUUUGGAAGCAGCUAUUUCAAAGUGUUUUGCUUCCGAAUCCGCGUGGUGGGUGUGCAACGAAGCUAUACAGACCUUAGGAGGAAUGGGUUUCAUGACUGAGACUGGUCUAGAACGUGUGAUGCGUGAUUUACGUAUAUUCCCAAUCUUCGAGGGAACGAACGACAUUUUGCGUUUGUUCGUAGCGCUUACUGGUAUUCAAUAUGCUGGGAGCCAUUUGAAGGAGCUUCAGAAGGCGUUCAAGAAUCCUACCGCGAAUUUAGGAUUGAUUGUCGAAGAGGCCACAAAGCGAGCGACGAGAGCAAUCGGUUUAAAAUCGCCGCCUACUUUCGGAAAUAAUGUGCAUCCGAGAUUGGCGGAAAGCGCCGCACUUUGCUCGAAGAGCGUGGAGGACUUUGGCCAAGUUAUAGAAUCCUCUCUUAUUAAAUACGGACGAGGUAUUGUAGACGAACAAUUUAUCCUCAAUAGGAUCACACAGGCUGCCUUCGAUACGUAUACAAUGGCAGUUGUCUUGAGCAGGGCGACUAUGUCAUUGAACAAGAACCUGCCUACUGCAGAGCACGAGUUGUUAAUGGCACAAACUUGGUGCGCCGAGGCGUCGAACCGCGCCGCAUCUAAUCUACAGCAAGUCAAUUGUAAUAAACAAUUAAACAUUUUUAACAACUUUAGUAAAAUUUCAAAGAACGUGUGUGAUGCCGGUGGGUGCGUGCAAGUAAAUCCAUUGGGCUUUUAAGAUAUGGUGAAUCAAAUCUUACAGGACAUGACUUAUUCAAUCUUGUGUUUAUCGCGUUAGAUAUAAAGAGUAAUAGAAAUUGCUUUCUAUGGGAUAAGGAAAAAAGAGAUUUCAUUAUUCUUUCUAAAUUCUCAAUUUCGUAAUUUCAUAGAAAUAAAAGUUUGUAAAUAAUAGUACAAAUGUAAAGUUACUUCGCGAUCGAUUGGCGUAUCUACCGUGGGAAUUACGUACGCCAAUGAGCAAUGAGCAAUGCAAAUAAACUUAAUAAGAUGUAAAGUAUUAGAUGUAUCUAAAGGUAUAUAUAAAAUUAUAUAUUUUUAAUAUAUCUCUUUAUACCUCUUUACACACACGAAACAAGUUUCAGAUGUACAGCUAUACAAAUAAUGCGAUUUACCUGACGUAUUUUUUUUCGUAGAUGCUGUUUAUUCAUUUUAUAUAUCCAUCAGUUUCGUUAAAAUAAUAAAAAUAAUUUUAAUAAAUCA